UCAUCUCGCUACGUACGAUUUCCAUUACCUACAGUACUGCAUUCUUUAAUUUCCUAUGCUUCGAAUUUCGAUUUUCGAACACCACUCGUAUCGGGCUUACGCCAGGGUCCAUGAUUAAACUGGUAAACUGCGAAAGCCCAGUCAGAUUAGUACCCAACAUCGGAUAGUUUUUAUUUUUGGGAUCUUGCCUCACUGGUGAGUAUUCCAUUGUCCAUCCGGAAAAGCCUGCUAUCAAGCUGGGGAAAUUAUUUACGUGGAUUUUGCCGUGACCAAGAAAGGCGCCUACUUAUCGCAAUAUCUGUAUUGACGGGCACUGGCUACAGCCUACAGGAUCCCAGUUGGAGAGUCCAACGAUAAACUGAUUUCUCUACUCCCGGAAAAUGAAUUCCCUCUACUCCCAUCCACACGCUGUAUCCCAGACUUCCGGGACUGCUCCCGACACGCAGACGCUGGAUGGGAAUCCUCUGCUGGCCGUCGACCGCUUCCCGGGCGGUGUGGGCAACGCUCAACCGCCCGAGCGUGACACUUCCAUGAACGGCCAUCCGAAUCCAUCGCAUCCGGUCGAAAAGGAUGACGGGAUGCUGGGCGGUGUGGUGGGCCUGCCGUCUGGCAGUGGUGACCUGUGGAACAGCGAACUGGACGCGUUCAUCAAGGGAAUGGAGCAGCUGGACUUGCAGGAUACCGAGAAUACCGAGAACUCCGAGUCGGGGAAGGGGAAAAAGCGCCCGGAUAUGAGCCCGGAGCCGCCGCGUGCUAAGCCGCCGGUGUCGCAGGAAGACCGUCUGGCCUCCAUCCAGCGCUGUAUCCAGUCUCUCGUGCACGGCAGCCAAUGCCGUGACCUUACCUGCCAGCUGCCCAGCUGUCAGAAGAUGAAGCGCGUCCUCUCGCAUACCAAGAACUGCAAACGCAAAUCCAGCGGCCAGUGCCCCAUCUGCAAGCAGCUGAUCCAGUUGUGCUGCUACCAUGCCAAGUCGUGCAACGACAGCAGAUGUCUGGUGCCCUUCUGCCCGCAGAUCCGCGCCAAAUGGAAACUGCAGCGCAAACAGCAGGAGAUCCAGCGCCAGCAGCAGGCGCGAUAUGCCCAAUUGUACCCGCCGCCCGCAGGGAUGCCGGCGCCCGCGGGACCGGGGUUGGGCGGCGACCCGCCGAGGAAUUCUCCGCCGGAAUUGCGGCUGCGCAUCCGCAAUAUGAUGAUGGGGAACCAGGAGCUGACGUCUGACCUCGUGAAGAAGGCAAGGAUGGAGGAUGGCGAAGGGAGUGGAGGCGGCGCAUAAAACCGUGUUUCACGAUAAGGCAAUAACCACGGCCCAGCCCCGUAUUACGCCUCGUCCAGACAGAUUAUCCAGGAAUGGGAAAUAAAGUUCCGGGAGUUGAUGGCCGGUAUUCGUAGUGGUAUAAGUUACUAUAGCUAACUAUCCAUAUCAAGCAUACCUCCGUGUUUCCCAUCGACGGCAUGCUCUUUCACCUUGAUCUGUUCAAUAAGGGUUUAGUACCUUUUUGAUCAUUAUCCAUGGUCUCAUUUUCACCCAUUUAUGUAUUUAAUAAUGUAGAUAAUUUGUAAGGAUCUAUAUGUGAAUAAGUAACGCAGGCUGUACAUUAGAUGCACUGUAAUUCCAUUUCCGGCCUUUUCUAUGGAAAUUUUCUGGAGAUAGCGCACCUUUAAUCUACAGUUGCUUACGGACUUAAGUAUACUUAAGUUCCAAUAUUAAGCGUGGAAAUAAUGGAAUGGCGCUUUAGUUUGUAUUUGAUCGAAUUGUUGUUUUCAAGAACGAUUAAAAUAAGUAUUUGCGUU